AAAUCCAACAUAAUCGAUCCCCCGAAAACUUUCCCAUAUAUCUCCUUUUCUUUUUCUUGUUCAAAAACUCCCCCUCCUUCCUAACAGGAAAAGAAAACAAGAGAAUUACACAUUGAAUAAUCUCUAAAAUUUUCCUUCCUUCCAAAAACAAUUAAAACCCACUUUUUUCCCGUUCUUUCCAUUGUAAAACCAUGAAGAUUAAAAUCAAAGAAUACGAACGUGUUCUUCGUUAUUUCGACAAAGAUGGAGAUGGUAAAAUCUCAGCAUCAGAAUUAAUCCAUAGAUUAAACCAAAUGGGUGAAAAUCUAUUGUUUAACGAAGCAAAAGUUGCAGUGGAAGCAUUGGAUUCUAAUGGCGAUGGAUUAUUGGAUUUAGAGGAUUUAAUAGCUUUAAUGGAAGAAGGAAAUGAAGAAGAAAAAUUAAAGGAUUUGAAGGAAGCUUUUGGGAUGUAUGAUGUUGAUGGAAAUGGGUUUAUUACAGCUCAAGGACUUAAAAGAAUGCUUAGUAAACUUGGGGAAUUGAAGUCCAUUGAUGAAUGUAAAGUUAUGAUUAAAAAAUUUGAUCUUAAUGGUGAUGGUGUUCUUAGUUUUGAGGAAUUUAGAGUUAUGAUGCAGUGAUUAAUUUUUGUUGAGAAGAA